GGGUUUAAAGUCCCUUAUCUUAGCAACGGCGACGCUGAUUCUGCGCAAUGCAUGUCUCGAUAUAUUGACACUAUUUAGAGAAGAAUAGGACAUGGAUGCAGGAUAGACAAUAACACUCAUAAAAUGGGGGUGAUAGACAAGGUACCAGGACAUGGGGAGGACGGAUUGUACUCGUUUUCUUCCCGUCCGGUCACUCCUCGGGACAAAACUGGAAAUCUUUUGGUGAAGUUCCAGGCAGUGAGUCGGUCUCAUCAAACACAAUCCCAUCAUUACAUCCGAGUUAACUCCAAAGACCGACUUUCCCACAUCAGAAGAAACAUCAAUUUACAGUUUAAGGAAUACUUUGAAAGAGGGUUCAUUUUCUUGAGUAAGACAAGUGAAAUUCUUAGAUCAGAUGAAAGAAAAACGACAAUUUUUGACAUAUUGCCAAAAAUCCCUGUGGACAAACCAACAGAAAAUUUCCGAUACCCGGAUGUAGAGUACAAGCGGGUUUCACACACCUAUGACGGCAGACGGUAUAUCGUGAUGUGUGCUUGUGUGGUGUUUCUGUAUGAAAGAAGCAAAGUAAGCCACUGGCCUUCCCACGAGCUCAAUCAGCAACUAUGCGAAAAUCUCCUAGAGGGUUUUUCAUUCAUACCAACAGAUAUCAUGUCUUGGAAACCAAAGCUUAUAGAAUUUCAAGCAACUUUGCUUCAUAUAAACGCGGCAUAUGGAAACGUAAAGGAUUUAGAAGAGGCCAUCAAAAAACUUCCAUACACACCAAACGUAUAUGACAUAUGCGACGAAAGAAAUGCAACGCCACUACACUACGCUGCAGAAAACGGAAAGAUAGAUGCAUGCGAGAUUCUUAUCAAUGGUAUUGGCAGGGAUCAGAUUUUUGUAAAAGAUAUGCAUGGUAGAUCGCCUUUACACUGUGCAUUGUACAGAAGACGAAAAGAUGUAAUCAUUUACCUUCUACAGCUGAACUCGGAAGUUAGGGACGUGGAUAACAAAGGAAACAGCUGUAUUGAUUUGCUUCUGCGACAACAUGAUAUCGACAUCCGUUAUAUUGCUUCCAACUUGCAAAUAAGUUCUCUUGACAAACACUUGCAGUUUCAUCUCUCUUACGUUAUGCUUUAUUUGAAGCAGGAAAAACAUUGUGUGCGGCUAUUACAAUUGAUUCCUGACUUUGAAACAUUUGAUUUUAGUUUAAUACAACGAGACUGUUCUUUGCUUCAUUUAUCCUCCAAACUGAAUUCUCCUCGUCCAACUGAAAUUUUGAUUCAAAAGAAAUUUCCAAAACUGGAGAGAGAUAUUGAAGGUAACUUGCCUUUCCAUAUUGCUUGCCAAUACGGUCAUAUUCAACAAAUAAAGUUACUUUUCGAUGAUCAGAUUUCUGAAAAAGACCUGAACAAAGGUAUUAAAGUGGCACUAAGGAAUAAAAAAUUCGAAUCAUGUUUGGUAAUUGAUAAAAUCAAAACAUCAACUGUGCUGUAUGAAACUACGGUGUGCAUGAUUAUGGAAUCCUUAAACAAAUUAUUUGACGUUCUUAGCAAGAAUCCCAAAAAGCAAAACUUUGUUGAAACGGUUGCUAGUAAAUUAUUGCCAUUGCUAAAAGAACAAGAAUGUGCAGCUGAGCAGUACGUGUUUGAAGCUGCAUUUUAUGGACUUCAUAAGACCCUUUGUCUUUUACAAUCCCUUGGGUUUAAAUUUAAUUUAUCAGAUGAAAUGAACAGAACGCCUUUGCACGAAGCAUGUCAGAGAAACCAAAAGGAAUGUGUACAACUGCUCUUGAAAAGUGAUGCCAAACCAAAUACUACAGACUGGCGCGGUGGAACACCGUUACAUUAUGCUUGUGAAGCAGGUCAUGAUUCUAUCGUAAAAAUACUGAUUCAAUCAAAUCAAGAUAUAGGUCUAGGUGCUCAAGAUGGUAGUGGAAAAACGCCUUUAAUGGCUGCAAUAUCAAGAAACCAUCGAAGAGUUGUUAGAUUGCUUCUACAGAGCUGUAUUGGUAAAUGUAAUUUAAAGGCUGUUGACAACUUAGGGCAAACAGUUCUUCAUUAUUUACCUAUGAUAGAUGACGAUUUAGAAGAUUUAUUGAUACAAAGUUACAAACUUGAAACAGUGGCGGAGAACAAAAAUAAAGAAAGUAUGCCACUUGAAAUGGAAAACUUGCCUGGAAAAUACAUUGUAUGGAACGAAACCGUCGAAUUUACCUUCAACAAUGAAUUUGUAUGUAAUAUGCAAUCAAGAAAUGAAAAAGAAAAGAAAAAUCCAUUUUAUUAUGAAGAUAUUGAGUUACCAUGGAAUGAACAUCGGGCAAAUAAGACAAUGCAUCAACAGUUAUGUAGCAGCCCCCAUAGAAAAUACAAAAUUUGUCAAACUUGCAAUUCUGUAAUGAACACAAAAUAUCGACAUCUUUGUAAAAAGUACAAAAUAUGUCAAACUUGCAAUCACAGAAUCGACACAAACGGUCAUCGUUGUGCAAAUGGUGAAUACGUUUAUGAGAAUGACGAGAAUGAAGAGGUCUUCAAAGAGUUUCGAGCUUUUGAAUUUCAUCGAGAACCAGAUUUCUAUUUCAAUUGCCCGUUCCAGAAUGCUAUAAAACUAGGAAAAUUGACAACGUUUAAGAAAUUAGCGCUUCAUUUCCCUUCUCUUUUGAAAAACGAUACUUCCAGAAAGAACAUUUUAGACUUUGCAAUGCAACAGCACUCAUUGAAGGUUAUGAAGGCAUUGAAAGACGUUGUUGUGCCGACUGCAGACUUUUUACACCAUAUAAUCAUGACUGCAGAUAAAAGGAAACUUUUGGCAACGCAGAACGUGAUAGAAACAUUUUUACCUUCGGGUAUACAGGUGGAUUAUGUGCCGGAACCUACCAAUUUUACCCACACGUGCAAAAAGAAAAUAUAUGAGAAAUGUAACUGUGACCUCAAACAAUUUACUCUUUUGGAAGCCGCAGUCAUUAUGAAACAUUUUCCUACUUUCCAUGCCGUCAUUGAAAAAGCAAAGGAUAACAAAUUAGGUAUAGCCUUGCAUUUAGCGGUUUAUUUUGGAUUAUCCACAUUUGUGGAUAUCAUUUUGAAAAAAAUGCAAACGCGUGAAAUAAGCAGAGAAAUUCAAGCUAUUGAAAAUGCAUAUAUCCUUGACAUAGCAUGUCGAUCUCCCCACAUCACUGAUAGCGUCUUUGAGGUUCUUUUGAGAUAUCAACCAAAUUUUCUUGAAUCUCGGUCAAUAUUUUCUUGCGAUGACUUAUUUGAAUUUAGACCGGGUAUCAGUGAAAGGAUGUAUCUACAUGAAAACAAAGAACAAACGCCUUUAGCAAAACUCUUCUCAAAUCAACCAUUUCAAGAAACUUCAAAGCACAGACGUCGUCAAAGCAUUAUUGACAAGGCAGGUUGUCUCCUUAUAAGAGCUGGUUUGAACUUAGGAUUAUUUGAAACAAAAAAAGAAAGGGACGGUUCUUCUACACGUAUUCAUGGGAUCUGUGAGGCGCUACUUCCUGCACUUGAGUCAGGGUAUUUUGAGUCCGCCUUAUUGAUGAUUCAAAAGGAAGGCCAUGUCCUGUGGCAUUGUGCGUUAACAAAUCAUGAAUGUGAUGUUCAAAAACUGUUUCGUAAUUCUUUUUACACGGAACUUGAAGAUCAUCCAAAUUUACCAUUAGAAUAUAUCAAAUAUAUUCUAAUGUAUUCUUGCCAAAAACAUGUACCAGAAGUAAUUCUUCAAAAACUUAUCCAGUCUGGAAUGGAGAUUGAAGGGAUUGACACUACUGAUGUAUCUGUUAGAGAAUUUGAAAUAAACAACAGAUUGUUUGCAAUUGCUGAAUGCAAGACAAUACUUGAAAAAAUAGCAAGAUGUGUGAUAGAAUAUGUCACCAAAAUAAUAUAUUUAGACUUUGAACAUUUACUUGGAUGGAAGUGGAUUAAGAAAAUCAAAAACAUAGAUCUCCUACGCUUGAUAAGAUGUGUACCUGGAUCUAUCAAUUGCUUCAGUAACUUCAACUGUAAUGCGUUGUCUUCCUUGAUCUGCAAGAGAGCUGAUCAUAGCUUGCUGCGCGAUUGUACUGUAAUGUUGAAUCGUUCAGGACAGCCUGAUUGUAUCAAGUUUCCAUCAGGGACCACUCUUCUUCAUCUGGCGUGUUCUACCACUGACUUGGAUUUCGUCAAAUUGAUAUUAAAGGCCCCAUUUCCAGUGAAUAUAAAUGCGAAAACCACAAAUGAUCUGAGGCCCAUCGAUAUUGCUGUAGUCUACGGCUCCUGGGACAUUUAUAAAUUCCUUGUGGAUAAAGGUGCAACAUUUACCGCAAAUACAAUCAUUGCAUGUUGCUCUGACGACCGUUAUGAUUGCAUAAAUAGCUGGACAAAACGAAUUCGUUCUCUAUGUUCCUGUGAAAAGCCGUCCUCAAAGACAAAGAAGAGAAUCUUGAUCGAUUUGUAUGAACGCAAGAAGAUUGAUUGGAAUUAUUUCAGCAAGGAAAGAGGUAGUCCCUUGCAUAAUGCAAUUGACAACCACUUCGACGACAUUGUUAUCUACCUCGCGGACACAGACCCAUCUCUGCUUGUUUCUGCAUUAGAUUAUAAUGUCAAUGUUAUUGUACGGAUGCAGUUGUGUAGUGAAUCUACCCUUGGUCAUGUGUUUAACAUAAUGUCCAGUCAAAUUAGCAGAUUUAAAAUGAAAACGUUGGGACAACUGCUUUUACAAAUUACAAUCAGCAAGAGAAAGAACCUUACAGAAAAUCUUAUCAGAGCGUUUCACAGAGUGAUUGAACGAAACCAGUGGAAAAUACUUUUACAAGAGAAAGAAAAUCAUGGAAGAAACACAUUCCACUUUGUCGCUAUCUAUGGUUGGGAAACAAUUGCACGGCAGCUUGUUCAGCUUAAUCCACACGUGGAAUCCAAGUCCAACGUUCCACUGAAUGAAACUGAUCUAGCUGGUGCUUCACCUCUAUGGUAUGCCUUGGCAUUUAAACGUUGGAAAUUAGCCAAACUUUACCUUCUUGCUGGUGCCAGUGCUUUUUUACAACGUGCAGUACCAGGGUGUUUUAUAAAAAAGCCAAAAUCACCCGAUAUCAAUGAUAUCCUCUUCAAAGAAUGCGAGGAGUUCAAUGUGCUUACUUCAGCUAGAGGCAUCAAAAUGAGCAGAAGAAGAAAGAUUCGAUCGUUCAAAGACGUGGAUAAUUGUACCACCGGUGAAAUCAUCAUAUCUUCAAAAAAUGUAUCUGGAACGAAAGGUCAACAGAAGCUUAUGCCACCAUCAAUAAAUAGGGACCAAAAAAGAGUAGAAUAUCUUUUGAAAAAAGCUUACAUGUCUCAGAUGAAUGGCUAUUCAUUGAUACAUUAUGCGUCAAGAUUCGGCGAUUUGAAACUACUGGAAGAGAUAUUAAGUAUCUCGGAUGAAAAACAGAAUUAUGGGGAUAUUCUUUCGCAAGCAGGUCAUAGAUUAGCUGUCAUUGGUAACCAACCAGCAAUUUGCGACGUGUAUCAGAAAUAUGGUGUCAAUCAGGCAGAUCAUGAUAUAUUUCAUUCAAUAGUAUGGCAAGCUCUCAGAAAUGAAGACAUCCAAAGCAACGUCUAUCGCUUCUUAUUUUCUAUGCUAAGUUUUGUAUAUGACAAUUCUAUCAAAUCUUCGGAAACCUCUCUUCAGCGAGUUGAAUGUGUACCAUAUUACAGAGGUUUUAAUUAUAAACAUGAAAAGCAAAGAUUUAUUGAAUAUUUGGAGAAACUUUGUAAAGCAUUGUCGGCCCAAGGAGAGGACCAAAACUUGAUUGCUCAACUUAAAUCAAAAAUACAAUAUAUUUACAAAAAGGUAAAUAUGUAUUCAAUGGAGAGAAAAAAUUUUGAGACAUUGGAAAUUUAUUCCCAAUCUUUCGACACGAGUUCUGCGGAAAACACCUUGACAACUUUUCUCAAAUCCAUUGAUGGAAAAAGUAAAACAGAUGAAAAGGACAUUUUACUUCUGUUAUCUAUGAAUCAAACAUGGAUUAUAAAAUCAUUAUUAGCAGUGUCAAAAACAAAUAAGUUUGUUGCUAGACUAUUGAGCAGACAGUUACUUUGGAACUUGAAUAUGCUAGAUUGUAUUAUCAUUGCUUUGCCUGAGGACCAUGGGAGAACAGAGAAGGUUUCGUUUUUUCAGCAAGACAUUUGUGAAAGCAUUGAGAUUUUAUUUAAUCUGUUAAAAUUGUGUCCACAGGAGAUGACAAUUCGUCUCGCAAGCAAAAAAUGUUUAUGGGUCUUUUUGAUGCAUGUUGCAACAUUGGUCAUUCCCAAAGAACGAGAAUUAAAAGUAAGUUGGCAAAUAUCGCUUACACAAGCAGUAAGGUGUGGUCACAUAACCUUUGUAAAAUCUAUUCUGGACAAUAUAUCAAUACCAAAACUACCUGAAAUAGUUCAAGCUAGUUUUGCAGCACUUCUGUGUUGUGGUGCUUUCUAUGGUCAAACUGAAAUAGUAAAAUAUCUGUUCAGAAAGAGCGUUCCAAUCAAAUUCGAUAAAGAGAACCCCAUGUUUGUCGAUCUCUUGGGUGGUAUAUAUGUAAAACAUAACGAUGUGUUGGAAUACGCUAUCAGGAGUAAACAACCUGAAACGGUGGAUGCAGUCAUUAAAUUUUGCAAAUAUGACAAAGAAUUUAUGAAGAGCACAAAGCCAGCCGACUAUUUUGAACUAGCUGCAAAUCAAGGAAUCUGGCAAAUCAUGAAAAACUUUUUAGAUCUGUUUGGAAACAAUGAAUUACCAUCCAAAUCAAGUUGGGAGAAGUUUUUCAUAAAGGCAGCAGAAAGAGGUCAAGAAGAGUUUUGUGCAAAAAUGCUAGCUGAGGGCAAGACAAUCGAUGUUUUAAAUGUAGACAAAUCAAACAAAAAUGUAUUACAUUAUUGUGGUAUGUACAAUAUGAAAAAUGUUACACAGUUGGUUUUAGAAAAGAGUUCAAUUGGUGUUGAUUUAAGUGAUUCUGAUGGUAUGAGACCUAUGGACUAUGCAGUGGAUUUGGGAAACAUCAGUGUUCUUGAUUUGUUAAUGAAAGCCAAACCCCUUCAUUUAAAACAAACAGUAAAAAGCGUAGAAGCAAAUGGCUGGUUUCGAUUUCACAUGACUAAGGUGAAUUCAGAAGAAGCUGAAAUAAAUGAAGUAAGCAUCAGGCCUGCCUUACCAAGGUCACGCACAUUAGAUUUGUCUAAUCUGUAUAAAAGAGGAGAAGACGAUGCAGCAGCGACUGUUAUAUUUUGUUCAAAGCAUAUUCCAACACUUCUUUUGGAAAACCCGUCGAAGUAUGGUUUCAUUCUGCAUGAUGCAAUCAAAUACGGUUGUAAAAAGUCUUUUCAUGCGAUUAUGGCAUAUUUUGAAGCCGAUGAUGAAAAAAUUCGUCGUGUUUUAAAACUUGAAGUUAAAGGUUUGACUUCUCUAGCUGCUGCUGUAUGCAAUUCUCAGCUGACCAUUGCUGAAAAUAUUUUCAAGUAUGAUGAUGGGACAACAUGGGUAAUGGAAAAAUCAGCAAAAAAUAUUCUCCAUCUUGCUAUCUACACACAGGAUCCCAAAAUGAUAGAACUUGUAGGAUCAAAGACAUAUGGAAAAUUAUGCGGGAUGAAAGACAAUUGUGGUCUAACUCCAGAAGUGUAUAUGUGCUCUCUUGGACUUCAAAAUCAUUAUGCCUGCUUAAAGACGGACGUACUUCUUGAUCCAUGGGUAGAAUCACAUGUCGAACACAUUGACAGCGAUCCUGAUGUAACUUGUCUCAAUUGUUUAUUAAAUGGAUGCAUUGGUUGGUCUAAAAUAUACAAUAGCACUUUGCAAACCAAUCAACUUCAACAAAUUAGAUCAACAAAGAACGCCCUUCCACCCAAUAUACUUACAGAAUGGUUCUGGAAACUUGGGAAAAGCAGAAAAGAAAGUCCAAUUAUUACUUCAGUUCUAAUUUCUUCCGGAUUUGAUUCAACCUACCUUACGUUACUAAAGUUGGUGUCGAGGAAGGAAGGAAUUGAAAAAAUGAUAACAGUUGAAGGAAUUGAAGAAACGCUUGAUGAAUUUGAAAAGAGUCCAAACAUUCUCGAAAACAUCCUAGGAAUGUCAGUUGUUUCAAACAGUGAAGAAAUUUUUGUAGCAUUGCUGGAUCAUGCUAGUAAUUUAAAUAGGCAAAUGAAAAAAUCCUAUGGGAUAUCUCUUUUUGAGGCUGUUAUUGGACUUUCAAGAUUGCAGCUCCUAGAACGUUUGAAUACAAAAAUAAUGUUUGAAGAGGAUGAUUUUUCUACCUUUAGAGAAUUGCGUUCUAUACUACCUCAAAAACAACUAUGGGUCUCAGGACUUGACCAAUUAGGGGGAAAUCAGUGGCCAUAUUUUGAUAUAACAGUAGAGGGGCAUAACCCUCAAAUACUCAAGUCUGAUUUAUGGAUGAUACAAUCGGGUACAUUUCCGGAGUCGAUAAGAAAGGAUAUAGAAGCAAAAAGUGUGAAAGAAAAUAUCAUUCUUUCUGAUUUUACUGAACUUAAGUACGUUGCAGAUUUUGAAAGUUUCCGGAAAAACCCUCACUUUGCAGAGUUGACUGACAUGUCGAUUAAUUGUUUCCUAGUGUCUAGUGUGGUACUUAGUCACAUUGAAGAAAUUAAAAACUCCCAAGACGCAAAAUUCAGCACUGCUAAGUCAGUUAAAUUAGUGUGUUUAACUAGUGGAACAACAGAUCACCCAAAGGUUACAAUCGAUAAUACUGGUGCUCUUUUAAACCAGAUUCGAGUGUCCAUCGACAAAGGAAGUACUUUUGUUCGACAAGACAGAAGUUUUUGUCAGCGUCCAAAAGAAAUUCAUUUGAAGGAAGAUUUGCAAGAAAGAGUCAUUCCAUAUUUCGAGAAUUUCAUCGAAAGGGAAUUUGGUCUUCAAAUAAAAGUCAAGAUUGAUUGGAAUGCUAUUGAGCUAAGGAAAAGGACGUACAACACAGAAGUGAUAUUGAAAUCGUUGAACGGGGAUCUUUACGGGAAUAUGCUUGGGGGUUUGGAGGACGUCCUCAACGAAUGUCGAGAUCUUAAAGACGACAUCGAAUCCAUGUUUGACAAAGAAACAAUGAUGUAUGCAAUAAGUGAUUUUAAGAACAUUACAGAAAUAGUUGUCUCAUUUGAUGAUAAAAUAUCAUUACAGCAGGCCUCAUACAAAAACGGACCACAUGUCUUGGGCGAAACAAUUUGGAAAUUCACGGUCAUGCAAUCUCGUCUUCUUUACAACAGAUCACAAUUUCCAUUGUGGCAGCAUUUAACAUUGUAUCGAGCUAUUUGUGUCUCAUCUUGCAGUUCAGUCUACCGUAUUUCAAGAAUUGAUGGCCUAAAGAAAAGUGAAGAGACAAAAAAUAAAUCUACUCGACCAAUUACAUUUGAAGUUGAUUCUCAGUCUUUUGGAAUAAACGAUACUUCAACUUUAAGAACACUUCUGUGCCAAAAUGUGAGCAGGGAGCUUGUAGCAAUCGCUUAUGAUUGUAAAUCAAUGUUAAGAUUAAGGGCUUCAUCUAAGAAGGUUAUUCUGAAAAGCACAAUAUCCUUGCAACACACGGGAGUCACAUUUCAAGAAGAUGUGGCCACCGUUCACAUUUGCUGCAAUGAAACUGACAGUAAAGAGUGGGUCGUAGAGAGAAGCAACACGUUAAACAAGCUUGCUGAUGUAGAAGAUAAACAGCUCAUGCUUGAAUGGGCUGAAGAAAGUAAUGAACAGUUAAACGAAAUUGCAGUCAAUGUUCAAAAGAAUGUCACGGAAAAAACGGGAAUGGUCAUAAAUUUUCAAUUCGAUGAAAAACGGAUCUUGCUUCCAUGUUUCUCAAAAUUUAGGCGGGAAAUGGAUCAUCCUCUUGAAUUGCUCAAAAGAUCUUUGACAGCAUGCUACAAACUGUACGGAGAUGUUUACAUCAAAAUCUUAGAAGAUAUUCUUCUUUCACAGAAAACCCCAACCAUAAAACAAAAUUCAGUUGAAAAUUGCGAAUCUGGAGUUUGGUUAAAUAUAAAGAGAGAAAAAAUUAAAAAAGGAAUGCUUGUAUUAUUGAAAGAUCUUGCUAAGCAAUACAUGGUGUCAGGGUUUGAAUUACCAUGUCAAAAUAAAUUCCCCGUUUUAAAAAAGGCAACUUUUAAAUACGUAUCUGAUUCAAAAGAAGUCAAAAAUUAUAGCAUUUUGUGGAAGCAUCAAAUUGUUACAGAAAGCAACCAAUCUGAACUAAGACCCGAUCUUGUUUCUAUGAACGGAAAUAUGUUUUCGUUUUCCGACGUAACACUCUUCAUGAAACAAGUACAGUGUUUAUCAUUGCGCGUAGUUAUAUCACAGGAUACCGCCCAAGCAUUGGACUACGGAUAUCAUGAUAUACUAUACAAAAAGGUGCUUGAUCAGUCCGGUACAAUUAUGACUGAAAGUUCGACAUUAGGUGAUACCUUUUUGAUGCAUUACCAGGCCAGAAAGGAAAUUCAGACACUAUUGAACAUAGAUAAUGUAGAUAUAAACUGGCAGAGCUUUGUCCAGCAGGAUGAUAUACGUUUAAAGCAGAAUUUUGCAAAUUGUCUCCAUGCUCUAGUCGAUUCUUUCCAUGAAGUCUUCCCAACUAUUCCAGAAUGUAUUGUGACACAACGAAUUGUCAUGGAAAUGUACACUCUGUUUUCCAGAAUCUCAAGUAUUCGAGUUGCAAUGACAGAUGAUCCUAACCCAAACAAUGACGAUGAUAUCGAAAGACAAUUACGAGAUGAUGAAAAGAAACCAAGUUUGGUCAUACAGAUACGGCAAAGAGGUAUUCUUGAAAUACUCUUUAUACGACAAAGAAAAAUAUCCAAAUUUCCAGAUCUUAUUUAUCGUGCAGGAGUUGAACUAGCUGAAAUAAAUAUUAAAUCAUUACUUGGAAUAAGAAACUGGAAGUCAUAUUCAAAUAAUAACCAAGGAGAAACGAAGAAAUACGUUCCAAUGACAAUUAUUCGUCCAAGCUACGACAAAGUCAUGAUUCAUUUAAGCAGUAUUCGAUUAUCUUUGGAGUCUGUUACUGCAUGCAUUAAAAGUUUUAAGACGAUCGUACCUGACGAAGUCGAAGAAUUUUACUUUGUUACAUCAGUUAAAAAGACGGGCUUUGUAAUCAAGAAAAAGGCACUGCUCUACAGUAUUUCAAAGAAAGAGGUAGAUCCUGGAGAACUGGCUGAUCAACUUUUGGAGGAAUUUCAGUUUCAAAGUCUGAAAAAAUCGCUUCAGAUUCUCGAAAUAAGCGUCAACGAACCAGUGACCUUUGACAAGGAUGGUCAAACAAUGGAGGUAGCCUUGGAUGUCAAUGAUUACAAUAAGGAGACAGAAAACGGCGAUCGAACGAAUAUAACCAACCCAGACGGGUACAAUGUUACAUUGCAAGGUGAAGAAGAAAGUUUGAAAGUGGUCAAUGUAGAGAGGCGAGAAGAACGACUUGUGUUGACACUACAAAUGAAAGAUAAAAAACAACUGACAAACAAGCACUACAUCAUUGUGCAUCACAAAUACAUUAGACCUGAAAACUCCAAAACUCUCUUGUUCGGAGGGCCAUCUAUGAAGAUUCUAAAGCCUCGUUAUUCUUUAGACGUAUGUGAAGAGAUUAAACUGAAGCGGUAUGAAAAACUUAAAAUACACCUCGAGCACGGCAAAAUGAAUGCGGAUAAUAAAUAUCAACCUGUACGGAAUAGAAAUGAAGCAAUAUAUGAACAAGAUUUCAUUACAAUGAAAGUGAAGUUCACUAUUUACUACCAAAAGAAACAUUUUCCAAGUUCGGAUCCUACAACUCCGUUUACUUUGUAUAAAGUUAAUUCACGUCCGUUUAGUCAAUUGUACUCCCUAGAUAUAACAGACUCGGAGCGUUACUUCGGACUGCGUGCCCAGUGUCUCUGCUGUAAACGGUAUUUAGACGUUGUCACACCGUUUGGGAGGAUCCGUGCCGGUCAGGAUCUUUGCGUGAACUACCCCGAACCGUAAAAACGUGAGCUGUGGGCUUGUGAAGUACCUCGAACUGUAAAAAAGGUGAACUGUGGACUUGUGAACUACCCCGAACUGUAAAAAAAACGUGAGCUGUGGACUUGUGGAUUACCCCGAAUUGUAAA